AUGACUAGCGCCAGAGACAACAAGAAAAAGACACAGUACCGCCGGCACCACGCACCACAAAAAUCAAUGCUCCAAUCAAUUGAAGACUUGCGACGACCGAGCUCGUCCUCGUCCAUCUCAACCAAAGCUGAUAAUUACGACUUAGACUUUAAGAAAACAUCAGAGUAUCAAACGAUGCGCGGUCAAAUGAGCGAAUACGAGGUUAGACUGCGGGAACAAACAUACAAAGCUAACGAUCUAGAGAAAGAGGCUCUUGGACUACGAACAAGACUUAACAGAGAGUUAAAACGCAUUGACGAAAAUGAAAAGCACAUUGAUCGUGUGGAAAAGACUUGUCAGAGACUCCAAGAUAUUAAAGUCAACCAUGGAAAUACCAACAAGAGCUCAGAAAAUCACUUGAAAAGACAAAUUUCCUCUACCGAAAAGAAUGCAAAGCUUGUAAGGAAUGGCCUCAAAGCCGUUUUUCAUAAUGUUUGUGACUUGAAGGAGAGUAUCAAACGCGCUGUGGACAAGGGACAGUUUAUGAAAGAGGCUGCUCAAAAUGUACGAUCGGACUUGCAAGAAUCAACCAAAAAUUUGCAAGAUGUCUUGGAUUACUGUCAGAGACUCACAUGUACUUCUGAAGAAACCAUCAAGGCGAUGGUCGAUACGGCGGAGAUUCAGGCUGCAAAACUGGGCGUCUACCGUGCUAACUAUGAACGAAACUUUAGAAGAAAGGAAGGGAAAGGAAUCAAAGAUAAAUCAGAUGUAUAUCCUUUGAAUCAAUCUCUGGAUAUUCUAGCUUCUACACCAUCCGAUUCUGUCUGGUGGAGAGAGUGGUUGUCAGAGGAGUUCAGCAAGAGGAACAAUGUCGACGGCUUUUUGCUACGGGAUCCCCCAGAUGUCAUAAUGGGGGAUUCAGAUGAAGAGAUGGAAAUCGUAAAGAAAUUGAGACCAUCUCAUGGUCCAAUGGAAGGAGUCGAGUUUUAUGACUGUGUUCGAUAUGCGCCUACUACAACUCCUCCCCCUCGGGCACCGAGUCCAGAACAGAAGUACUAUAAUCAAUACCGCUCACGAUUCCCAGUGUCAAAAAGUGGCAAUAAAGAUACAAUGGAUUGGAUCUCAACUGAUGAAUUCAAUCCUCCAUGCUCCAUUCGUCGCAAGCUGCAAAAAAACUCGGACUGCUGGAACUGUGGGCAAUGCGAUAUCUGUCAAGUUUCUCAGAAAAUGGAACAGUUCGGCUUUCACAGACAUAUCGAUCCCGAAGCUGCGUACCAACAAGCUGCAGCAGAGAAGGCGGAGAAGAUCGAAUUCCGUCAAGAAAUCCAACAAGUGAUUCGUGAGUCUUUGCCGGUCAAAGAUGCUUGUUCAGGCACUAACACAUCCACACAGCCAAUGAUUGCUAUUGGAGUUCCUGGAAAGUGGAGUAAUGAAGCUGAGGCCGUUGAUACAGUGCUACGUGCUUUCUGUGAGUGGGUGUGGAAAAUGGUCCAAUAUUAUGGACUUACAUGGUACACCGCUAUUGGAGGCCUGGUUGCUUUGUCGGCGAUGUGGCCUCGAGAUGAUAGCUGGCUCAGAGCUAAUGAAGUCCCUGCUAGUGUUUUCGCUAAGCUACAAGAACCUACUAUCUGGGAAUCUAAGCCUAUCAUCUACUUGAAGUAUAAGUUCAACGAAAUGAUCGAUGACCGAGCGGUCUUUGGAUAA